AUGACGGGAAUCUUCAGUCUGUUUGGUCCACCAGAAGAGAUUGUGUCUGACAACGGUCCACAAUUUGUCGGAAAACCAUUCCAAGACAUGUGCAAGAAGUGGAAUAUCAAGCACAUCACUUCUUCACCGCACUAUCCAAGAUCCAACGGAUUAGCUGAGAGAAUGGUUCGUACAAUCAAGAAUCUGUUGACAAAGUGUUCUCAAACUAGCCAAGACAGUCAACUAGCCAUGAUGCACCUGAGAGCAACACCAGUUGACAAUAACUUGAGAUCACCAGCAGAGAUGUUGUUUGGAAGACCCAUCCGAACCACAUUGCCAAGUCACUAUCUUUCGAGAGAUUCUGCUGCUACCGAGUUUCUCUUGAAUAGGCAAGACAAAAUGAAGGAAGUGCAUGAUCGACAUGCAAGUUCUGAUCUGCCACCACUGCAUGUAGGACAGCCAGUGAGAGUUCUGCAUCCAAGAGACAACACUUGGAUACCAGCCAAAGUAUCCAAAAUCUGUGAAGAACCUCGAUCCUAUGAAGUUUCAACGCCAAAUGGAGGAAUAUUGAGGAGAAAUAGAUCUCACUUGAGGGAAAUUCCAUCCACCAACCCAACUCCAAAGCGUGUGAGGUUCGAAGAAGACCAUUCCACAGAAACUCAACCAGAGGAAGACAACGUCCAACGAACACCAAUGUCCAACUCUAAUCAAUCUCAACAGACAUACUCACAAACCACGAGGUCUGGACGCACUAUUCGCAAACCAGAGAGAUUCAUGUUUGAAGAUUGA